ACUUAUCCGUUGGUACGUUGGGAUGGGCGGGGCUUGUCGGAGAGGAAUGUAAACAGCUAGCAUGCCUGUUCAACAGCUAUCACCAACGCAGAUCAUUGAGACGCGGUCGAUGCUUAAAAGGUCUGACUGGACGUCUGCUGAAUGAAGAUUCAGAAAACCCUCUGUUCCUUUGUAAUCCUGUGUCGUAAACUGAGAGGACAUACUUUAUUUGGCCUUUCUGUUCUCAAGUUUACAUUCUUCAUCUCAAGAUGAGUGCCUGAGCUGCGUCUCAAACUGAAUGGAUGAAUAUUUUAAAGAUAAAAAUGCUGUUGUUUUCUGAAGCCUUCAGCAGAGUUUGGGCACAUUGACAGAGUUCUUGUGGGUUUCUGAAGCUCAGGCUGUCCUCACAACCAACAGAACCUCAUCUAAAACUUAAAUCGGGUACCUAACGCCUAACGAUGUUUUGAUCUCACGAAGGGCUAUGUAAAUUUAUUUAUUCUUUAAAACCUGUCCUUAGCAUAAGGGAAGUGAUAGCCUAGGUCUUUGUGCAGCUGGUGCAUCUUGUUUCGUCAGCAUCCGUCAGUUUUGCUGAUCAUGGCAGAAUCCAGCUCGCAGCCAGCCGCUCCAACAAACCUGCUGAUUGGACGCAGCAAAGAGGAGCCGAGCCUCUCCAAAGUAACUAAUGUCACUAUGACUACUGGUGGGUCAGACCAAGGGGCUAAAGUCCCAAACAGCAGCAGUAAAGCCGACAGACCUCUUCCCACCAGAGCACCAGAGGAGGAUGAAGAGGCCACGCCCACGCCACCCGAGUCAUCGCCAAGUCUGUCUGAAAACGAGACGCUGACCAUCGCUACAACAGAGGAUGAAACUCUGUCAGUUCAGCUCAGACACAUUAAGGCUGAAAGUGGACCAGGCAGAGAAGGAGAGUCAGCUCCGGACCUGGACCUGGAGGAGAGCUCCUCGGGGAUGACAGCAGCAGACUCGGAUGAUCAGCGGGAAUCCACCGACUCUGCGUCCUUCUCCAUUCCCAGUCUGGAGCUUUCAGAUGGAGUCACGACCACAGGAAACUCUCUGGACAUCGAGGACGGCUUGUCAUCAACCUACUCUGCUCCAGGUGUUGAGGGCAGCUCUCCGUCGGUCGAGGCUCCCGGUCUGAAAGCAGAUGGGGCCCUGGAAGCAGCAGGAGGAGCUGUUGCUGCGGCUGCUGCUGCUGCAGCCCCUGGGGCCACGGAGUCCGGACCCUCCAUGCCAGCAUAUUACCUGGUGAAAUGGAUCACAUGGAAGGAGAAGAAGACCCCCAUCAUCACUCAGAGCGAGAACGGACCCUGCCCCCUGCUGGCCAUUAUGAACACACUCUUCCUGCGCUGGAAGGCAAAGCUUCCUGCUCAGACUGAAGUGGUCACCACUGAGGAGCUGAUGGCUCACCUGGGGGAAUGUGUUUUAUCAGUCACUCCCAGAGAGAAGGCGAAUGGCAUGGAGCUCAACUUCCAACAGAACAUGAGCGAUGCCAUGGCGGUGCUUCCAAAGCUGUCCACGGGCCUUGAUGUUAAUGUUCGCUUCACAGGAGUCACAGACUUCGAAUACACACCGGAGUGCAUCGUGUUUGACCUGCUGAACAUCCCACUGUACCAUGGCUGGCUGGUAGACCCACAGAGUCCAGAGAUGGUGGCUGCUGUGGGGAAACUGAGUUACAACCAGCUGGUGGAGAAAAUCAUUGACUGCAAGCACUCUGCAGACAGCAGCAGAGUCAGUGAAGGUCUAGUGGCGGAGCAGUUUCUGGAGUCUACAGCCACUCAGCUUUCAUAUCACGGUCUGUGUGAGCUCAACACGACGGCCAAAGAAGGGGAGAUCUCCGUGUUCUUCAGGAACAACCACUUCAGUACGAUGAUCAAACACAAGGAUCACCUGUACCUUCUUGUGACAGAUCAGGGCUUCCUGCAGGAAGAGAGCAUGGUCUGGGAGUCUCUUCAUAACGUUGAAGGAGACGGAAACUUCUGCAACUCCGACUUCAGAUUGUGCCUUCCUCCUGAGAGAUCUCCGGCCAUCACCCACCUGCCGGCUAGCAGCCAGGAGCAGCAGAGGCAGAUCGACCAGGACUACCUUGUAGCAGUUUCUUUGCAGCAGCAGCAGGAAGGUGCUCCUGGACCUCUUAGUGACUUGGAAUUGGCCCGGCAGCUCCAGCAGGAGGAGUACCAGCAGCAGCAGCAAUUCCAGCAGCCUCAGCAGCAGCAGCAGCCGGGAUCAACGCAGACACCACGGCAGGUCAGAGGUCAGGGAUCGCAGCAAGCCAGAAGAAAAGAGAAGGACUCGGACUGCGUCGUCCUAUAAACGCUUCCUGUUUAACGCCUGGGUCCUCUCGGGAGUCUGGCGUGUCCGUUAGCUCGAUGCCAAACCCGGCUGCUUUCGUCCAGCAGGUCUGUGUCCCCCAGUCUGGAAAAACGUAAACACUGGAGUCUGUUGGAGCCCGCGGGUCCAGCUGGAGAACCGGCCUCUCUCCAUGAAGGGCUUAUCGCAGUAACCGAGGUCUUUACGUAUAAACUCUCUAACUGCUGCUCUUAUGGUCAGUUUUUAAUGAUUAAUGAAAAAAGGAAACUUACUGAUGCCAAUAUAUAAAACCUUUAGUCAGAUAUUUAUUUCAGAUUGUAUUAAAUUGAGCUCCUCAAAAUAAGUGAAGCAAUAUUUUUUUCAGCAAAGGAAGACACUUACAGAAGGCACUGUGGAUUUUAUUUUUAUUUAAACACAUUUUCUGACGUUUUCGAGGCCGGUGAUUCAUUUGUUUGUCAAAAACGUCUCCUGCUCAUUAACACAUCUUAGGAUCAUUAGCAAAGCUUUCAUGAUAUAAUGCGAUGUGGCUCAGUGCCUUGCAAAAGUAUUCAGUACUCCUUGAACUUUUUCACAUUUUGUCAUUUUAGAACCAGACAUUUUAUUGGGAUUUUAUGUGUUGGACCGAAAAAGUAAAAACAAUAAUCUGAAACGUGCAUAAAUGUUCAUGUCGUAGAACUUCCUUUUGUUGCAAUUGCAGCAGUUUUCUUUUGCCCACUCCUUUUUGCAAAAUAGCUCACUCAGAUUGGAUGAGUUUUUAAGUAUUGACCCACAGAUUCUCAUAGAUGCACUUUGACUAGGCCAUUCUAACACACUAAUUGAUCUGUACUCCUCCUGUGGGUGUAUAUGUAGGGUUGUGGUCAGGUGAAUCCCUUGUGGCAGGGAUUUUACCGCAGAAGAAAGCAUGAUGCUGCCACCACUAUGUUUCUGUGUGGAAAUGGUGCGACUAAUAACUGCCCGGCUUAACAGUUUUCUAGCACCUGAGUUCUGGACCCCUGCAGCUCAUCCAGAGUUACCAUAAGCCAUUGGCUUAAUGCUGACCUCCCCUGGACUGCCAAUUCAGUUGGACGGUCAUUUCGGUGUAGGUUUGCAGUGGAGCCAUUCUCUUUGUCCUUUUGGAUGAUUUAUUUACUCAUUAGGAGCCUUCUAAAUGGCUGCACUGGAUUUUAUUUUGGGGUAUCAGAGUACAAGAGGGGCGGAAUACAAAUGCACACAAAAUAUUUCAGAUUCUUCUUUGCGAAAACGUUUUAAAGCCAUGUAUGAUUGUCCUUAUGCUUCACCGUUAUGCACCACUCUGUGUUGGUCUGUCACAUAAACUCUCCAUUAAAACACAUUAAAGCUUGUGGUUGUAACGUGAUAAAAUGUAAAAACAUUCAAGGUUAUAAAUAUUUUUUGCAAGACGCUAGAUUUUAAUAGCUUCCUCCACGGAAAUAAUUAAUUUACUUCACGAUGAAAUUUCUGUUUUAUAAAUGUUAAUAUAUACUUACCAAAGAAAUUGUGAAUGUUAGACCUCCUUAUUAUCUUUUAUCUUAAGAAUGUAAAAUACCUCUGGUGUUCCAGUUCGCUCACCUUCAGGCCAAUUCGUUUGGGAGUCGCUACGGCGUGUAAAAUUUUCCCUGCAGAUCUACGCAGCAGCGCCCCCUUCUGAGUUAUCUGUAUCAUUGAUUCCAAACGGCGCUCAGACUCUGAGGUGUGGUCAGAGCUGGAACAUCAGACUCUUCUGAGUCUCUUUCAUAGAUGCCAGGACUGGAUGAUUUGUUUGAUGCUGGCAGAAGGAAACUUGCAGUUUGCAGCAGCUCUGACUUUAAGAGAUCAAGGUGAAAUAUUUGACACAUUGCAUCACUUCUAAGCUUACUACUCAGUUACGUCAGCUUUCCUUGCACAAAAUGUAUAAAAAUGGGUCACUGGACUAUUUUCAGAUGUUUGCUCUAGACCCUAUAGCUAGUCUAACUUAAUACAACUUGACCCAAAACCUUAUAUGUCACCAAACAGGUGUUGUAAGGAAAUACCUCAGUCUGUACAGCUGUGCUUAAUUUUCCUGUUCGGUUCAUAAAACAUCAGAACCUGUGUUGAGCUGAAGGGGAAGGUCUUCAUUUCUCUCAUUGUAUUCCAUAUAAACUACAGAAACUCUCAAAUACUGACUUAAUUGUCAUAGAUAACCAAGAAAAGCUGUAAAAUCCACAAACCUAACGUUUUUCUGUUUGUUCUUUUGCCAAAAUCCAGUUUCCUACAGUUCUGAAUUCAGUUGGAAGAUGUGGUGUUUUUUAACAGGAAUGAAUAGAUGUCUUAUAACAGCAUGGACAGAAGAUGAUUUUAUUUAAACUGGCAAAUUUAGCAUGAAGAUACAUUUUUGUCAGGUUUAUUAAUUGUCUCCUAACUUGUUAUGAAGCAUUUUAUGCAAGUUAAACCCGGUCCAAACAAACCUUCAGAUGUGUUGGAUGUCAGAUAAGCUCUGAUUUCGUUCUCUGCAGUUACAAAACCUCUUCUGGGGAAAAACAAUCCGUUAAUCUCUUUUUAACGCAGAAAAACUUUUUACGAGAAUGAGGUUCAACCAAAGCUGCUCAGACAGGAUCACCUCUAAACUCUGGUUUCCUCAGCAGAUACAGCCUUGGUUUAACCAGUCGGUUUCUCACCCACAGGCUCAUCUCCAUUUGUUUCAAAAAGUUAAAAUGAAAACCCAGGAUUCGAUUUUUAACAGAAUUGCUUAUGGAUGUGGAUGUUUAUUUAUGCGUCAACACAGUGUUGCAUUUUCUUUUUUCUUCACGUUCCUCUGAAGAAAGGACUGUACAAGUGUUUUUCCUUUUUCCACUUAGCCUAGGUAAGAUGUUCUGAUUCUGUGUCCAGUUCUGGAGUGGCUUAACACAAGGAAAGUGAGAGCUGUAGCCCAUGUCCUGGAAACAUCUGUGUGGUGCCUCUAGCUGUACUUCCUGCCACAUGAAUUUCCCACACAAAUCUCAGUUAUUUGUUGACGUUUUUUUCCUUCCACUCAACUUUCCAUUAUUAUGCUUUGUUACAAUGAUGGUCCAAACAUACUAGUUUGAUAUUAAAAUUCUUUUUUUAUUGAUCUUGAGUAAUGAUCUUAUCUUCUGAGUAACUGAAUUUUGGGUUUCCGUCAGCUAAAUGCUUAAAAUAUCUGUAAAUAAUAUAUCUAUGUAUAGGUUUUGCUUUUUGAAUUGAAUUACUGACAUUUUUAGACCACUUUUGGAUUCAUUGGUGUCAGUAAACACAAUUAGAACUGCUUGACAGGGAUUGAAAAUCUUCAGCACAAGUUCCAUUUAAAGAGAACAAAUUGCUAAGCAGCAAAGAGCAUUAACCUGUCACUGUAGAUCAUAUUUUAAAAUGAAUUUUAUUAGUAGAUUACACUUCAAAUUCGAGCCUUUCUGUGUUUGGCGUCUGCAGCUGAAAAUGUUGACAUGAAAUAUGAUGAAAUGAGAUGAUUCUGUGGGUUCUGUUGACCCUGAGUCAGAGUUUAAAUCUACUGUGGAAACAAGGUUAAAAAAGAAUAUUGAUUAAACUUCGGCUGUAUUCGCUAAAUCUUAAUUUAUUUUCUUCUACCUUUUUAAAAUUCUGUAAUUCAAAGCCUCGGGUCCAUUCCCUUUUGGGGUUUUUUAAGGCUUCACAGCUGGAAGCCAUUAAACAAACCAUUGGUGUUUUUUAACGGAAACAGUUUUCAUAGUUUCAGUCUGAGUGAAAUAUUUAAGAGCACCAAGAUCUGAGUGAUAUUUCCAAGCUGGGAUAUAAAACAGGUAGGAAAGUUCAGAUGAAACGUUCUUAGCUCCUGUCUUUCUGUACUUUAUUACCAUUUCUUACAGAAACACCAAACAAGCACAAAAUAUCUUCUACUUCCCACUAACAUGAUUUAAUGGAAGAUUUAGGGAAAGAAAGAUGAGGAAGGUGGGUUUCCUCGUUUUCCCGACGUUCUGAACAUUUCCAGACUGAGACCCGGAUGGCCAAAAUCAAAGUGCCACGGAUGUUGUGUCUGUGAGGUAUUGGUGACUUCUGUGCUUUCUGGUUCUAUUUAUGUUCUUUCACUAUUUUCUGUUAACUGUUUGACCGCUGCCACUCUGUUAAUGAUCUAUUGAAUUUGUCAAACUGUCAAUAAAAUCAGAAUCUAUGUUAA